GCACAAGGUCUGCCGCAAAACGCACUAGAUGUCGUAAACACCCCUUACGGAAUCAUGUAACUUGCUAGACUCAAGCAAACGGCAACUGGAUAUGAUUUUGGAAACGGUCAGACGUGUCAGAAAGAAUCCACUACCUUUCGUCAGCGACACUGACGGAAGGUAGUUUUCAUACAUCAUACAAAACAGCUGUAAAACGAGUUUCCUAUCUGUGAGAGACAUUUAAAACUCUCAAUGUACCGCCACUGCUCCUGAUUGGCCAUUAUUGUGGAAAAACACAGUGGAAAAAUACCACGUAACCAUCCAAUGACGAACCGGGAAAUCCCUCACCGAAUUUAAAGGUCGUGAGCAGUGUUUUGGUUGCAAAGUCAGUACCGGUCGAGCGACCUUCUGAUCAACAACAAGGACAACAGCUCUGAUAACGUGCCAGGUUGGAUAGUAAUCCGGAUGAUCGCGUCAACAACAAAAAAGUAGUGCAUGAAUCCCUUAUUUGAACAUCUUUUGUGCCGAGGUGACCACCGCACUGCCAGACCAGUCAUGCCCAGCUUUCCUCUGAAACAGAACGCGUGCCUGCUAUCGGUGAGAAACUCCAGUUAGAGACCUCAGGCAUGUGUUGUCAGUGGUUGGAGGCAUACUGUUCACCCACCAUUUUGGAGCAAGUGUGAUAUUUCCAUUCCUACCCUUUCUCACACAUGACUUUUUCCCAUACCUGAAGUCAAACCAGAUAGGCUACUAUGCAGGCUUCCUGGCAAGUGCUUACUUCACUGGCAGCUUCUUUGGUAGCUUCAUGUGGGGACGGCUGUCUGAUUUCCUGGGUCGUAGACCCAUUCUUUUAUGUGGCAUAGUGGGGUCUAUGUUAAGCAGCAUGCUGUUUGGAUUCAGCAUGUCCUUUGGUUGGGCAGUUGCAGCCAGGUUACUGUGGGGCUUCUUGGAUGGAAAUCUGGGAGUGUCAAAAACCUACCUAUUUGAGGCCACAGAUGUAGUGUAUCAUCCAUUCACCUUUUCAUUGGUGGGAGCAUCAAGUGGCCUGGGCAGGCUUGUGGGUCCCAUAGCAGGUGGGUUCCUGUCCUGCCCUGCUGUUCGUAUACCAGGCUUUGAUGUCUUCUUCUUCAGAAAGUUCCCUUACCUGCUACCGUGUCUUGUAGCAGUCUGCCUUGCCAUUAUCAACCUACUAGCAUCUUGCUUCUUCCUGAGGGAGACCCAGUUGGAUCAGGUCCCUACAUCCACAGACACAAGUGAAAAUCAGAGCUUGUUGGAGUCUGAUGAAGACAGCGGGAUUGAUGCACAGAAUGGGGAGGAAGAAGACUUAGAGAGUGAACAUUGGGAUGACACCAUAAGCAGGCAGGGACCAGCAGAAGACCAGUCCAGUCUCUGGUGCUGUCGGCCAUGCUGCAAAAAAAUCUGUCGGCCACAAACACGACAAGGAAGUAAUAAGAGUGUUCCAAUACGUAAGCUGCUAAGGGACAGGAGAAUUCUACUGUCCUGUGUUCUGUAUGGCCUUUUGGGGUUCUCUGCAAUACUCACCAAUGAGCUGCUGCCGCUGCUGCUAGUGUCCAGUCACAAACAUGGUGGAUACAACUUUGACACUUCAGAGAUAUCUCUGGUGCUGACAGGGUCGUCCAUUUUCCAAAUUCUCAGCCAGAUCGUUGUCUUCCCCAACUUGGCCCGGAAAUAUUCUUACAAGACCCUGUUCCGAGCUGCAAUCUUCAUGUUCAUGAUUGGAACAGUGUGUACGCCCUUUAUGAACCAAAUGACUGGUCCAAUUCCUGAACGUGAUGGAGAAAUUAUAAUAGAAAAUGCCACGGAGAUACUCCCACAUUACAGUGCGACACCAUCAAACGUGCCCUCAUCUCAACAGCCUGGACCCAGUGUUUUGAGAUAUUCUGCAAGGGAGACAGCAUUCAACACUAUAAAAAGCAAUAAUGACAGCAACAUUGGAAAGUGCAGACUAGAUGACAAAGGUGGAAAGACCCAUGUUGCUAUAUCUGACGUGCCUAUAAAGGUCUGGGCUGUUGUGGUGUUUACCACUGCGUUUGGUAUUGUUGGGAGGGUCUCAAGUUUCACUGCUAUUAUGGUGAUGGUGGGAAACUCUGCAAUGCCCUACUUCCGAGGCACAGUCAAUGGUAUCUCUCAGUCCUUCGUGGCUCUUGCACGUCUACUGGGACCAAUCGUAGGAGGAAACCUCUUUGCUUGGACUACUGAGAAUGGUCUGCCCUGGCCAUUGAACUUCCACCUGGUCUUUUACCUGGCAGUGUUGAUAGACGUCAUCAUCCUGUGUCUGACCCUGCUACUCCCCGAUUCCAUCAACAAACCAAGAGUGGAGGACAUCAGAGAGGAUGAGGAUGAGAACCUUACAGAUGACGAAUCAGUCUUGUACAGCUCUGACGAAAAUGAGCAAAGCUGCAGUAGUAGGAGAACUGCAGUCAUUGCGUAGUUCUCCUCCAUUCUUUGCAAUAUAUCAUAGGAGUAUUGUCUAUCCUAUGCAAAUAUGCUUCAUAGUGCAUUAUUGGUCAUCAGCUUGACAUUUGCCUUUUGAUCCAGAUGUAUCAGAUGAAAUUAAACUUAAGGACACUGAAGUAGCAGUUUGGCUGCUACUUUUCUAUUGGUGAUGGAGUUAAGCUGUAGGGAGAAGGUUAAAAAAGACAGUUUUUGAGAUGAUGUCAGAGAUACUGACCUUCAGAGAGAUGAAGGGCAAUGCAAGAGAUAUGGAGAAGACAGAAUGCAUCUAAUAUGCAUUUACAUAUUGUACAUAUGAUAGUAUGCAAUAUUUAUUAUCCAACAUGGUUGUACAUGUAUACUGAUGUCUGACUUGUUGUCAGGUCUUGCACCAUGUAUGGCUACUGUCUAUUGCUACUAUAGAAUUUAUUUUGAAAGGUAUCUUAAAACCAGAAUGUAUAUGACUGUAUGUUAUUGAUAUUCUAACCCCUAGAAUUUGUCAACAUUCAUGUAUGUGUAUUCAGAAAAAGCAGGGCUCGAAAUUCAUUUUUGGGAUUAGGUGCACUGGUGCACCCAGCUUAAAAAAUUGGGUGCACCAAAAAAAUUUUGGGUGCACCACUUAAAUUAAAGUAAUAACCUAAUAAUAAAACUUAGUUACAAGCUAUCAACUUCUUAAACAAGUACCAUGACAGACAUUUUUAUUAUCUUUCUAUCUUUGAUGUCAAGAAUAUGAUGUAUACUAGUAUACUUUGAUAUCUUUACAUACAUAAACCUAAGAAAAUAUUUGGGUGCACCCUGUGCACCCACAGAAAAUAAUUGGGUGCACAGAUCCAAUUUUGGGUGCACAUGCACCCUGAGUAUUUCGAGCCCUGAAAAGUAAUGCCAUAGCUGAUCAUGUGGCUUGAAUUGUUGUGACAAUCUACUUGACAAUUGUGGAUUUGUCAAGCAGGUCAUUGCAAUAUGAUAUAAUGCAUAAUGAAAUGUUUGCACAUUCAGCAUUGCCACAUACCAGCCAUUUAAAGCUCAGGUACUGUAGAAGUAUAUAACGUUAAGCCUGUGUUGCAUCAUGGUUAUUACAACAUAGAAUAUAUUACUCCCAGUCAACUUUUAGGGGAGUAGAGUUCUAUCCAUGCUGCUAGGAGCUAUACACUGUGUAAAUUUCACAUCAAUUAGGCAAAUGAGGUCAUUAUUUCCUUGAUUAUAAAUCAAUUUUGAUUAAACAUGACCCGAAUGAG